AACGUGAUUUUGUUGGCGGGUGCCGCGGCUGCACGAGUCCUGGAAAGCGUUGUUGGCCCGGUUACUCCGGAGCCGGGUCCCAGGUCGGGUGGCUGCCCGCUUGCCCGCUAGCCAGCAGCUCGCCAUGGGGAGUACGGAGAGCAGCGAGGGCCGUAGGGUGUCCUUCGGAGUGGACGAGGAGGAGCGGGUCCGGGUGCUGCAGGGCGUCAGGCUGUCUGAAAACGUGGUGAACCGCAUGAAGGAGCCCAGCUCUCCACCCCCUGCUCCUGCAUCUUCUACGUUUGGCCUUCCAGAUGGCAACUUGAGAGCCCCUCACAAAGAAUCCACAAUGCCGAGGUCAGGGAGCAGUGGUGGCCAGCAGCCCUCAGGGGCAAAGGAGGGUGUCAAGAGGUAUGAACAAGAGCAUGCUGCUGUCCAUGAUAAGCUCUUCCAGGUGGCAAAGAAGGAAAGAGAGGCUGCCACGAAGCACUCCAAGGCAUCCCUGCCCAUGGGCGAAAGCAGCAUCAGUCAUGAGGAGCAGAAGUCAGUCCGGCUGCAGGCCAGGGAGCUGGAGAGCAGAGAGGCAGAGCUAAGACGCCGUGACACCUUCUACAAGGAGCAGCUGGGGCGUAUUGAGAGGAAGAAUGCUGAGAUGUAUAAACUGUCUUCACAGCAAUUCCAUGAGGCAGCUUCGAAGAUGGAGAGCACAAUAAAAUUAUACUGUUUAAAAUUCAACUUAAGCAUCUUUUUCUGCUUACUGUUUGUCUUACGCAGAGGCCCCGCAGGGUGGAGCCCGUCUGCUCCGGGCUGCAGGCCCAGAUCCUCCAGUGCUACCGAGAUCGCCUGCAUGAGGUGCUUCUGUGCUCAGACCUGGUCAAGGCAUACCAGCGCUGCGUGAGUGCCGCCCACAAGGGCUGAGGAGCAGACAUCAUUUCCUGUCCUGGCAGUGACUUGGAGCCCUGAAGAAGGGACCAAUCAUGGGACCACAGCCCACAGAGCCCUAGGCCACAACCACCGUGCCCUGCCACGUCCUACUGGGCCCUGAGCGGGGCUGCCAUGUGUUUAGGAAAUGAAGUAUACGCUACAGUCUGAAAACAAAUAAAGUAGACGCCUUUGUUUUCCGUU